AUGAGAGGUGUCUAUAACCCUUGGGCUUCCGUGCACGAUUCUGUGAUCACCGAAGUGAGCUCCCUCCUAGAGAAGUACCCUGACUACACAUUGGAAUCGACCGGCCAUUCACUUGGUGGGGCGCUCACUUAUGUCUCCUACGUGGCUCUCGCCCAAAACUUCCCCGGAACCCCAAUCACCAGCAAUGCCAUGGCUGCAUUCCCGAUUGGAAACACGGCCUGGGCCAACUUUGGGACCGCGCAGAACGGUACUUUGAACCGAGGUAACAAUGUUGGCGAUGGAGUUCCGGUAAGUUCGAACUGA